AUGCAAUCCUAUACUCCAACAACAAGCGGUAGACGCAAAAAUACAGUUACCUUUCAAAAACCUACUACAUCAUUGGCUCCAGGUGUAGAUUUUCCAAAAACAUCAUUUUAUUUUUAG